GGCCUUCGCGGCUCCUCCGCUCUUGCCGCCGCCGCCGCUGCUGCCGCGGUUGCUGGGGGUCGGGGAGAGCUGGGGCUGUAGCGGGCCGUGGAGAGUCCGUCUCGGCCGCUGUUUUUGCCCGAGGAGACUUCCUUCCUAGGUCGCACCCUGACUCCCGUGGUGUCGAGGGGGAGUCCCUGCGGACACCUCUGCACGCAGUGGAGAUGCCUCUGUUUGCCACCAAUCCCUUCGAUCAGGAUGUCGAGAAAGCAACCAGUGAAAUGAAUACUGCUGAGGAUUGGGGCCUCAUUUUGGAUAUUUGUGAUAAAGUCGGUCAGUCUCGCACUGGACCUAAAGAUUGUCUUCGGUCUAUUAUGAGGAGGGUAAACCAUAAAGAUCCUCAUGUGGCUAUGCAGGCUCUCACCCUUCUAGGAGCAUGUGUCUCAAACUGUGGCAAAAUUUUUCACUUAGAAGUAUGUUCGAGAGAUUUUGCUAGUGAAGUAAGCAACGUAUUAAACAAGGGUCAUCCUAAAGUGUGUGAAAAAUUGAAGGCUCUUAUGGUUGAAUGGACAGAUGAAUUCAAGAAUGAUCCACAGCUUAGUCUAAUAUCAGCAAUGAUUAAGAACCUGAAGGAACAGGGUGUUACGUUUCCAGCUAUUGGCUCUCAGGCUGCAGAGCAAGCUAAAGCAAGCCCAGCUCUGGUAGCCAAGGAUCCUGGUACUGCGGCUAACAAAAAAGAAGAGGAAGAUUUAGCGAAAGCCAUUGAGUUAUCCCUGAAGGAACAAAGGCAGCAGUCAACCACCCUUUCCACUUUGUAUCCAAGCACAUCCAACCUCUUAACUAACCAUCAACAUGAAGGCCGGAAAGUUCGUGCUAUAUACGACUUUGAAGCUGCUGAAGAUAAUGAACUGACUUUUAAAGCUGGAGAAAUUAUUACAGUUCUUGAUGACAGUGACCCCAACUGGUGGAAAGGGGAAACCCAUCAAGGCAUGGGGCUCUUCCCCUCGAAUUUUGUGACUGCAGAUCUCACUGUUGAGCCUGAAAUGAUUAAAACGGAGAAGAAGACGGUACAAUUUAGUGAUGAAGUUCAGGUAGAAACGAUAGAACCAGAACCAGAACAAGCCUACAUUGAUGAGGAUAAAAUGGACCAGUUGCUACAGAUGUUGCAAAGUACAGAUCCCAGUGAUGAUCAACCGGAUCUUCCAGAGUUACUUCAUCUUGAAGCAAUGUGUCACCAGAUGGGGCCUCUCAUUGAUGAGAAGCUGGAGGAUAUCGAUAGAAAACAUUCAGAACUCUCAGAACUGAAUGUUAAAGUGAUGGAAGCCCUGUCCUUGUAUACCAAGUUAAUGAAUGAAGACCCCAUGUAUUCCAUGUAUGCAAAAUUACAGAAUCAGCAGUAUUAUAUUCAGUCAUCUGGUGUUUCUGGUUCUCAGGUGUACCCACCUCAGAGUGGUGCUUACCUGGUCGCAGGGAGCGCCCAGAUGAGCCACCUGCAGAGCUACAGCCUGCCCCCAGAGCAGCUGUCUUCCCUCAGCCAAGGAGCAGUGCCACCGUCUGCAAGCCCAGCCCUUCCUACUCAGCAAGCCCAGGCUUCCUACCCCAACACAAUGGUCAGCCCCGUCCCGGGAAGUACGUACCCCAGCCCGGCUUCAGUGUACAGUCCUCCCCCUGCCGCCACAGCUGCUCCCGACGUCACCAUCUACCAGAACGCGGGGACCAGCCUGUCCCAGGUGCCGAACUAUACGUUACCGUCCACAGUGCCCCAGCCGGGGGGCAGCCAGCAGCCGCCUCAGCCGCAGCAGCCGUACUCCCAGAAGGCUCUGCUAUAGGACUGGAGUCCCCUUUGUGGCAGAUACCCGCCGAUCGCCAAUGGCAAUGUUACGAGAUCCUUUAAUAUCUUAAGAUUGGUUCACCCUCAGCUUAUAGGAAUCGUAUCUUGGUCAACACGUUCCAAUGUUCAAGAAGGGAGAUCCCUCUUCAAUUUGCACUGACUUUUUAGAGGGUCUCCCCUCCCCUCCCCUGUGAGGAAUGAAACUACUUACAACAUAUAAUUCCUUUCAUAAUAUGAAAGGAUCAAUGCAAGAUUAUCUGUCUCGUAAAACCACCUGGCCUGCAAAGAGUCAAACUUACCAACACUGUUGUGGCAAAUGUUGUGUACAUAGGUUGCUGUGUAGCUUCACUACUGGCCAUUUUGAAUCACAAGUGGUGAUCAUGUGAAUAUAUUUAACACUGUUAAAUUAAUUGACCUUGCUAUUUUAUUUUAAUCAUGAACAGCUACCAUGUUCCAUAAUGUUUUGUGUAAAUUGAAGAUAAUUACACUAUCCUUUUAAACUGCAAGAGAAAAACUGUAGCAUAUGUACAUGAAGGUGUUAUGUUGUCCCCAUUUCAGUUUCCCAUUCAACUGAACCUUCCUGGGAGUAAUUGGGAGCUGAACGCACAUAUGUUAUGUCAUUCUGUAGCCUCUGCAUACUACUAGCUGUCAUCACACCAGCGUACAGUAGCUAAAUUUUUGGUGCACUUCUAGCAAAUGAUGAUGUUCCCCUUUAAACUUUGACAUUUUGGCAUGAUAUAUCAGAAUACUGUGGGACCAUGAGACAAAAAUCAAGUCGGACUGCAUUCUUUUAUACCUUAACUUUUAAAGAGAUAAUGUUGAUUUACUUUUUCCUAGUCGAAGAUAGUAAUUAGGUUUCUAAACUGUAUACUGUGUUUAUUGGUGGCAGUGACACCAAAGAUAGAGGCAAAGGAUAGAAGCUUUUAAACUGGAAAGAGAACAUGAAUUACACUACAAUUUCAGUCUCUUGUAAUUAUUUAGGCUACGGUGAAAUUCAUUUCAUCUGUCUUAUUCCACUGCUAGUCUUUUAAAUAUGUCUUUAACACAUUGUAUCCUUUAAUUCUUCAUUAAAAUGAGUGUAAGUAGAUGUUUCAAAGUCAUCUAGAUUCCUGGCUUUGCUUAACAGUUUGUAUAUGUAUUCUUGUCUUUGAAACUGAAUUUAUAGGCUGUUUUCUCUCUCUCCUCUCUUUUAAAGUUCCCGAAUGGAAUUAUUUUGGCUUCUUAUUCAGAAGCAGUUUUGAAUGAAUGCUUUUUCUUUUAAUCCAUAUGAAAUAUGUUUUCUGCUGAUAUUUUAAUCUCCUUAAAUAUUUAUAAUUUCCCAAGUUGUGCUGUUAUUUAACACUAUUAUUGAAACAACUGAAGAAUUGAGUACCAUAGUAAACGAAUUGAUUUAUUAACAGGUUUCACACCAUAAAUGAAGAUUUAAUUUGUAUUUUCUGAGACUAUUGUGAUCAGGUACUUGCUUUCCCUUUUGACACCAUGAUUCUACCUUUGACAAGGUAGGUUCAAAUUUACAUCACCCUAAUUUGUGUUUUCCUAAGUUUAGAGUACUUUGCCCUCAAACAGUAAUUUUAAAAUUCAAAAUCAAACUUUACAUUAAAAUUUUUAAUAUGUUGUUUUUUGCUAAACAUUGUCAAAAGAUUGUAAUAUUUUUCAUUGCCAUUUGAAUAGUUUAAGUGAUACACUUUGUGUCAAUUCAUACUGUAUUUUUCUCUGUUUUUUGAUAAAUUCCCCAAUACCAGUGGCAAAAUGUAUCGUUGUCCCAUUUUAUUUUGGUAUGCUUCAUGCUGUAAAAUCAAUGACAUAUUCUCUAGUAUGUGUUUUGCCUUGUAAAAGUCAAAGAAUGGUGAAAUGAAAAAAGGCUAUCCUUAUUACAAGGCAUGUGUAAGUUUCUUUACCUAGUCAUAUUACUAGGCUUUUAUAAAGAUUUAAAUGAUGAAUACUUAAAAAUACUUAAAACCAAUACUAUAUUAUAAGCUUGUAGGUUUCUUUUACUAGGCUUCCCUAGUAGCUCAGUGGUAAAGAAUCUGCCUGCAGAGCAGGAGAUGCUGGUUUGAUCCCUGAGUUCAGAAGAUCCCCUGGAGAAGGAAAUGGCAACUCACUCCAGUUUUCUUGCCUGGGAAAUCCCGUGGAUAGAGGAUCCUGGCGGGUUAUGUUAGUCCAUGGGGUCACAAAAGAGCUGUAGAUGACUUAGCAACUAAACAGCUUUCACUUACUAGGUAUGAAAACACCAGAUGGAAAAAAUUCCACUGAAAAGGAAGCACUGGAUUUUCCAUCUUUCAGGUGCCAGGGCAAGGAUAGAAAUAGGAAAGGACUAAUUAGGAGCACAGUGAUUUUGUUCUGCAACCAGAGUGUGUGCUGCACUUUUGUAAAAUUUUUCUUUAACAGGUAGCUGUCCCCUUUUAAAGGGAAUUGAAUUAUUUAUAAAAUAAAUUAGCUAUAAUAAGAAUUUCUGGGAAGCAAAUUUUACUUCUCAGUAAAACUCUUUUUGCUUUUAUGAAGUAAAAGUAAAAAGUUUUUUUUACUUUUAUAAAGUUUUAUAAAGUUUGUGUAUCCAUAAGCCAGUGACAUCUGAAUGGCAAAAUUCUGCCCAGUUACUGUCUAGCAAGAGUAGCUAACAAACCCCAUGGUCAGUCGGAUGACUAAUACAUCAGUGUCCUAAACCUACCUACUACGUAGUGCGUCCUUCCCCUGAUUUCCCCUAACUCCGUGGUCCUGCUUUGCUGUUCCUGUCUCUCCUACUCAUGAGGAACCUUUUUCUGUGCCAGAGAUUUUCUUCACUGUAUUAAAAACUUCUGAAAGUUUGUCUCUAUACCUGUUAAUUUAUGUAAUUAAAAUGCUUAGUAGACCCCUAGUGUUCUUUUCUCGUAGUUUUCAUAAAUGACACAUGUAUAAUUCAGCAUGAAACUUACCUUUAGUCCCAGGCUUCAAGUUUAUAAAAGAUAAAUUAGUGUCCUAUCUGAUAAACUCUGCAACUGCAAAAACUAUACAAUUAUUUUCUAAAUUUAGGUCCAUUGGUAUAAUUUGUCAAAUUUUCAUUUAAGACAUUAAAAUCACUGUUUUCUUUUUCUCAUCUUACCAGUUAGCAAUUAUAGAGUGUUGUUGUAUCACUCUUUAUUUAAUAGUAAAAUCAUAUAAUUUUAUAAUUUAAAAAAAGUUUUUCAUUGUCAAUGAAUCUUUGUACCCUUUAGAAUAAAGAAAAACUUACUUAACUGUUUCUCAAAGACCUUAUGUUCAGUUAUCUUUUAUUUUAGAAUCAUGAUUAAGUGUUCUUGUCAAAACCUAGAUUAUUUUCUUUCUUUUUUUUCAAGAUUUUUUUUUUCAGGUGAACCAUUUUUAAAGUCUUUAAUGAGUUUGUUACAAUAUUGUUUCUGUUUUAUAUUUUGUUUUUUAUGAGCGUGAGGCAUGUGGAAUCUUAGCUCCCUGACCAGGGAUCGAACCUGCACCCCCUGCUUUGGAAGUUGAAGUCUUAACCACUGGACCACCAGGGAAGUCCCUAGAUUAUUUUCUGUGUUAUUUAUGAUUACAGCCCCUGUUUCUAAUCAAAGCUUCCUUGAAUUUUAUGCCCUCUUUUUUCUAAUAUGGUCUUCCUUUGAGAUUAUUUUUCCCUCCUGAUUUUUCUUGCUUCAGAAAUAUUUUUUCCAUACAGAUUUCUUUACUGAACAAAGCCUAACUCUUUAUUGGCGAUAACUUGUGGUCAUACUGUUCUUUGCUGAUUUUCUGACUCCUAGUUUUAUGUUAAUCCUUGCCAUUGCCAUUAUUCUCCGUUUCCUGUUUCUUUUCCAGUCAGAGUUUCUGAUAAGGAUUGCAUAUUAAGUGUCAGUAAGCUCCUGCAUAAACAUGAAAGGAACUAGUUCUAAUAUCUUUUGGUGUUCAUAGACUUAAGAAAGUUAUGUGUAUUUUAGAAAAGAGUAUAUUCAAAUUUUUUUAUCUGAUGCCAUCAGUAACAAAUAUUUUUGAGUUUAUGGCCUCAAAAUAUGUGUAUUUACAAAUGGUACAAGUUCUACUGUAGUAAUAUGUGUAGUACAUUAUGAAACCCAAGAAAUCUUACAAGGAUAAGAGUAAAGUUUAUUAAUAGAAAUUCUAAUAUUUCUUCGCUUAUCUCUGGUUCAUUAGUCGGUACCCUGGAAUGUAUCUGCCCGAUUAGGAGACCACUGAUUUAGAGGUUACGACUAGACAGAGGGGAGGUACUGUGUUACUAGGUUGGCCCUUUGAAGUCGGCAUCUGAAACUACAAGUGCUGCUUUUCCCAGCCAUUCUCUAUGUUGAGAAUUUUCAGUUAUAAAAAGAUUGAAGUAAUAUAUUGAAUACCUGAGUACUCUUCACCUUGAUUCAUGAAUCAUUAACAUUUUGUUAAUGAUACUUUAUUGUGUGAAUAGGCAAAGUUAGACUUUGCACUAAACUAUAUGCCCAAGCAUUUCAUCAUGUAUUUUGUUAAAGAUAAAUACCUCUUCCUUCAUAACCUAAAACUUUAUCUAAGAAAAUUAAGAAAAUUAACAUCUAAGAAAAUUAACAGUAAUUCUGUAAUAUAAUUAUUACCAAACACCCCUAAUAAUCCCUGUUUUAUAGGUACAGUUUUUUUAAAUUCCAGGAAACAGAUCACAUUUUUAAUGUCCCUUUAUUCUCUAUGAAUCUGGAUUAAUCUCUUCUUUUUUCCUCCAUGAUUUUUGCCCUUUUAAAGAUCAAACCUGUUGUCUUUUAGUGUGUCCCACAUUCUGGAUUUAUCUCUCUCUUUUUUUUAAAUGUUAAUUAUUAUUUAUUAUUUGAUGCUCUAGUCUCAUUAUAGUCCUCUUUUUUCUUAAUUAACCCUUCAAAAGUUAGUCAGAAUUAUGUGAUUUAUGGUUAAAGGUGGUGAAUCUAAAGUUUUCAAUCUCAUAUCAGAGAAGUGUAUAUAUAAAUGAACAUUUUGAGCCUUUGGAUGUGGUUUUUCUGUAUAAAUAGAGGCUGUGUGCUCAGGCCACUGAUGCUUAGUACAGUUUUGUGUCCUUUUUAUCCAGUUGCAGUUAGAGUCAAUGAAGGAAAUCUGAACCUUUAAAAACAAUUGGCUCCCUUCUAUCCCCUUUCAAACCCAAAUCAGCUUUUCUUAAGCUUAUUCAUGUACCUGAUUCACUCACAGUGGCUUUUAAGUAUUUUAGAAAUGGCAUCAACAAGUAUAGAACUUUGUUUUAGGGUGUGUACAUUUUGGCAUGUUUGUUUUAAAAGACUCAUUACCUUUUAUUCAUAUCUUCUAUUAAGAUACUGAAAUCACUUUAAAGGAAGGGAAGUACUUCCUUUUUAAAAAAUCUAGAUUUUACUUAUUCUCCUGAGAUUGGUUGCCAAAUUGGAAUCAGGCUGAGUAAAAUUUAUUCCCAGAGUAAAGUUAGAAACACAUACAAGUUACGGUAAUAUACACUAUCAGGUUGUUAAGUAGCUGGUUUAAACCCUCAUUUCAGUUGGUUAAUGGCUUUUAAAAAAAAACCCAAUAUUUGUAAUCCGUUGUUUUUGUGUCAGGCUAUAUGAAAUUUCUUAAAGUGUAGGAUAAUUACAUAUCUUACUACUUCAAAAAGAGAUCUAGUAUGUAAACAAUUGAGGAUGUUUUUGAUUAAUUGUACGUGAUGUUUUCUGGAAGGUAUUUAAGAUGCCAAAUAUGAAACGUCCAUGUGGUAUGAUUAAAAUACUUGUGUACUGGUUUUGAAUUUUGUUCCUCUUCCCUCAGAGGAAAAAAAAUGUUUCAAUUUAAUAUCUUUGAUAUUCUGUAGUUUUAAAAUACGAUAAACCUAAAGGAGUUGUGAAACAUGACCAAGGAAGUUGUAGUGAAGAAUACAGGUAAAUUCACUAAAUAUUUACCAAAGAAGCUUCAUUAUAACAAGUCCAUUUCUAUGCAUGGUAGAUGGCACAGGAUAAAACAAAUGGUUUUAGUAUUUGCACUGUAAAUUGUAUCCAUUUUGACCAUAUGGGUUUUUUUGUCAAGGAUGUGGUGAUACUUCUGGUUGAAGAAAAGAAUAAGAACUAAAUUAUGUUUCAGGAGUUUAUUGGGGUUCUAUUCUACUAUGAUGUGGACAUUUUAGUUCAUGACCCUUAGGAAUUCAGAUUUUAACCCAGAUGUGUCUUUUGUCAAAAGAGUUAUCUUGCUAGAUAUGUGAUCCUGGGCAGUUCCAUGAAUCUCUCCAGCCUUCUACUUAUUUAUAAAUUGUCGCGUUAGUAUAACUGUUACAUGAUCCUUUGAGGCUUGCAGAAAUUCUGUGCUUCAGAGCCUCAGCCUUCUCGCCAUUCAGCCUGGACAGCUCAUCUGUGCCCCUGCUGUUACCUCACAGCUCAGAGGCAGACAAGGUACAGAAACUUGGGGACCUGUUCCCAGCACAUGGUCACUAACAGUCCCUGUGUGUCGUCUGGGAUACUUGGUGUCCGUCAGUCCAGCGGUCCCCGGCCUUUUUGGCACUAGGGACUGGUUGCGUGGAAGACAAUUUUUCCACAGACCAGGGUCAGGGGGAUGGUUUCAGGAUGAUUCAAGCGCUUUACAUCUAUUGUACACUCUUAUUAUUACAUCAGCUCUGCCUCAGAUCAUCAGGCAUUAGAUCCUGGAGGUUGGGGACCCCUGCGUUAGUCAACUCCUGAGCCUUUUGUUGAUGUUUGAGUGACCCCACAAGGAAUAUCUGGACUUGGAGUAGAAGCACUUUCACUUGAUAAUACUUUCACUUUCACUGGUGCCGAUUUGGAGGAAAAAUUAAAUAAUUAUGGCUCUGAAGCAUAUACUGUUUUCGUAUCUUGUGUCAAGCUAAAGGAGAGGCAACAACAGACUAAGAUUAUUAUGAAAUUUUAUUGCUUUUGAUGUUCUUGUAAGCAGAAUAGUACCAUUGGACUCACCGAGGUGAGAAUGGUGACAAAGCCAACGUAUUCUUUUUCUGUUUUAUUUACCAAGUAAGCAGAUUACCUGAAAUGCUGGAGAACUAUGGAAACUAGGAGCUUCCAUCUUUGAAACAGGCUGAGAGAGUCUUUUUCUAAUAUUCCAAAUAAGGUACAAAGUCAGCAAUGGCAUUUUUUGUUUUUUUGCAUCACAAAUAUUUGACCUAGGAAAAUGUUAUGUAUUGUGUGAUUACAAGUUAUUAACACACAUAAACAUUUGCUUUUAAAGGUUAGUUUUUUCUAAGCAACUUUUUCGUAUGUGUCAAUGUCAGUUACAUGUGUACAGUAUUUUACAUAGUUAUAUAGAACAAUUUCAAAAAUAAAAUGAAUUUUUUUUUUUUUUUUUAGUGUUCUUGUUUGGACUUCAGGAAAUUAGAUAUCCUGCUGGCAUUAAAAAUUCUUUCCUAAAUUAGUUUAUGAUAUUUCAUGGAAUCUCAUUAAAAGGCUUUUGUCAAGUAUUACAUAAAGUAAAUAAGCUUUUUAUAGAGGGAGAAAGACAGAAUUUCCAGUUGUUUUCACUGGUUGUGUUAUAUUCCCAGCAGGAAUAGUCAGUUCCUUUUUAGAAUCUUUUUUGCUGUCUCUCGCUGAUUUUUUUAAGAGUAAUUUCAGGAGUGAAUACUGGUUAGUUUUUAUCAAAACAAGCAGACAAAAAAGACAAAGCUCUUUACGUCAUAUUGAGAAUCAAUUUUGUGUUUGUAUAGGUAAUGUUUCUUCUUUAUUUUUAAGAGAUUACUUACAUUCUAGUUGUUCUUUGUGAAAUAAUUUAAUAUCAAAACAUCAGGAUACUUUUAUUUCAUUGACAUGGUUGCCAAAUUUAAUUUACUUGGAGGGGGAGCAGGCAGGCCAGUGGGUUUCCUUUGGGUUAAGUUAAAUAUGCAUUUGCAAUAGGAAGACUUCUGGUAUCUGGACUGGAACUUUAUUAGGCUAUAAGUUAAAGUGUUGUGCUUUUGCUUAGCUCCACAAAACUGAGGAGUAUUUCUCCUCUGCAUGCCUUUCAUGAACUUGAAAGAGAAUCAUCUCCUUCAGGUUUUCAGUAUGAAGGGAGCAAAGUUCUGUUUUUAUUUCAACUCUUAUUCAGCAUUUGUGUCUAACUAUGCUGAUUUGUCUAUUUGAAAAGCAAAAAAUGUCCUCCAAAAAAAAAUAUCCUCCAGUUUUUACUUGCUCAAGAAUACUUACUGUAACAUAAUUCUAUUUGUGCUUUGAGUGGGGAGCACUAAAAUUAAGUGUCUAGUUUAUACCAAAUGUUUGUUUUAUGUAUAUUGUAAUUCACAAUGAUCAGGGAAAUUGGUCACGAAAAUUAAGCAAAGGAGGAUAGAUUAAUUGCUGAAGGAGCUGAGUUUAAGUAAUAUGUUUUAACCGUUUUGUCAAACACAUUUUGAGAUUAAAAACUCUGAAGUAUUUUUCAUUUUUGACCAAGAGGUGAGCAUUAUUACAUUAAAAUUGAGUAGAAUAAUCUAAAUUAUUAUGUAUAGUAUCUUUUGAAAGUCAUAUUUCUAAGCUUUUUUAUAUCUAGUAAUUCACAUGUUUAUUAGUCAUGCUGUGUAUAACUCUUUUUUUUCUAGAUAUUUAUUCCAAGAGCUGUGGUUUGAGAAACAUAAAAUUCUAUACAGAAUGAAAUCAACUGAAGAGAAACCUGAAGACUGAUUGUGGUUCUCACAGAUAAUUCCUGUUUAUUGGAUUUAAAAUGUUGUAACUUUGAUGACCUGGAGCUCAGAGUACAGGGAAUUUUGCUGUCGGGCAUUUAUGUGUCCUAAAAAAUCACUAUGCAGCAUGCAUUACUACAUGAUAAAAAAAGCCUUAGAGUUUAUGGGGAAAACCCAUCAGAGGCACAACAUUGCAGAGCAUCUGCAAUAACACACUUAAGAAUAAA